CUUGUGCUUUUGUUGUGACUCACAUCCGAUUCGUGUCCUAAUACUGAACUGGUUUGUUGACUCUCGCCUUGUUUUUUCGAAAAUCUCUCCAAAAUUUGUGUUUUCCAUGCCAGUUUUUUUUCGUGGUGCUUCUGUACAUUACCGUCCACAAGCUCAGAUAACCUUUCGUAACUUUCAUUUGGUUUACGUCUUCAUUUUCUCCCCUGAUGUGAAGGAUUUUGUUAGAAUACGAAAUGAAGGAAGAAAUUUUAGCUGCUGUUAUGUUCUUUAUAAGGUUCAUUGAGAAAAGCGACAAGUUCCCUCAAGACCAAAUCGAAAAUUUCAAAAAGCAUCUAACCGAACUUCUCAUGGAAAGAUUUGAGAAGCAUUGGUUUCCGGAACUCCCAAGCAAAGGUCAAGCAUACCGAUGCAUCCGCAUCAACGGUAUAAGUCCCAUUGAUUUGACCUUAGAACGUGCUGCCAGCAAAUGUGGUUCGUCCUACAGUGAUCUUCGAUUGCCCACCGAGCUUACGGUGUGGGUUGAUCCUAGUGAAGUAUGCUACAGACUCGGCGAAUCGGAAGGUUCGUACUGUACGUUAGCUACUUUCCCAUCAGAGAACCGUUCUUCCUCAUCUGAGAAUUCGACUCCGACAUCAACUCCUCCUUCGACUCCUCUACAGGAAAAACUGUUACGUAAAGUACAAAGACCACCGUAUCAAAGGUAUUCAACCGACUUUCCGAAUAAAUAUCGUAACCCUCAAAACAUGUUCAUCUCGCAGUUUCGGGUCAAGACAGCGAAUGAGGGGAAUUUCAACUUGGGAUCUAAUCGUCAGAUAUGCAGAGGAUCCUAUCCUACGAACCCACCGUUCUAUAAAAACAUGAAUAUGAAUAGAACACACUACAAGAACGUAUGUAGAGUGUAGUAGUUCGUCUCAUCUUUUUUUCUCAAGAUUAAUGGUAGAUGGUCAUUGUUCAUGAUUAAUCCCAGAUUGCCACCAGCUCCUAUCAGGAAUAAAAUUAAAAUAUUUGCAAAGUAUACAAAAUACUUCCGUUGGAACGAACUGGUGCUUUUAAAAAUUUACACUUUUAUAUGUAUAAAGUUCAGGUGCCUUCGUGUCAUUUUCUGUAUAUUUUGUAAUUUCAUCAUAUUUUUAAUCGAGUCCAAACUAUAAGCAGUUUGUUUUUAGGUAUUAUUGAGAAUUUUUAUUUUGUAAUUUUAAGUUUGUUGCUGUGAUAAACUUCUGUCAUGACAGAUAAUGCCAUUUGCAAUAUUUUGCAUUUUCAUUUAAGGGGUUUUUCUAAGGAAACUCUCACUCACAAUAAUUAAAAUAUUAAAUCAACAAUAGUUUUCUUUACUUAUAUUAAGUAUGUAUAUUUUGAGAUUAGUUCCUUUAGUUUUUAAAACUCAUGUUCAGUUUUUUUAAUCAUUGUGAGUGAUUGGUUUUCACUUCGAAUCUGCAUAUUGUGAUUAGCUUUAAUCUUAAAGAAAUCUAUAAUUUUCCACAAAUCAUGUGAUUUUUGUGUACAUAUUUGACUGAAUUUUUUAUCGUAUUGCCAAAAAUUCUACUAUCGUUAACGCUUUAACUUAGUAGGAGUAUCUGUUUGUGUAAAAUGACAUGCUUAUAGUUUGACAAUUGAAGUACAAAUUGUUGAAAUCGUUCAAAAUACGCAUAUAUUUCAUCUUUUUGUAUAAUUGUCUUCGUUUUGUAUAUGUUUUCUUGUAUAUAACUGUAAAUGUGUUUUUUGUAUUUCUGUCGGUAGUCAUCAUCGGGAAGAAAUUCCUACCAACGCAUUUGUGAUCAUUUGACUUUCAUCUAUCGUUAAUCCAUGAAAGUUUUCUUGUUUUUUAACGAAACGCUUGAUUUAAGGAUUUGUACUUGUAAUUUCUCUCGUACUAUUAUUUUAUAAAAUUAUUCAUAGUUUUUAAGUUCUCAUUAUUGUAUGAUUAGUAUUCAAAUGGUUCACUUAUUUUCAAUUCUUUUGGUGAUUAUCACAUUUACCGAGCUACAACAUCAUAUUUCGUUCAUAUUUCCAAAUCUCCGUGGUCCAAUUACAUCGUUGUCUGUAGUAUAUCUGUCUUGUAAAUUAAUUUUUUGUAUAGUAGAAUAUAAUAUGAAUAUUUGGAAAUGUAUGUGGUACAGAAUUAUCCUAAGGUAUUAAUGUCUAAUUUAGUCUACGCGUAAUGUAACUUUGACUGAUAAUGGUACAAACUAGAUUGUGAUUAAAGCAGUGGUGUUAUACGAAAAUGGUUAUGUUACUUAAUGACAUUUUUAAUGAUUCUGUACGAUACAUAGAUGCUAGGUUUGGUUCUAAGGUUGAUUAAUACAUGGAUUAUUUGAAUAUCAAACAUUAAAAACAAAGACUAACAGGGUUUCAGCAUGAUGGAUUAGCAAAAUGAGGCCUAAGUGUAGAAAAUUUUUAUAAAAAUUUUUGUAAUUUUUUACUUAGCUUUGCAUUAAUUUGCAUUUAAUUUUUUAAUUAAGGAAUGAUGGUUUCAUUUAAUUAAUCCACCUGUUACAGGUUUGUAUUAGAUAUUUUAAACAGAUGGAUUUCUUGGAAUUACGUACAAGUCAUCAUGUCUCGUCGCAGCAAGUGCAAUUAAAAUUUGAAAAUAUUGUGAUAUUUACUUCUAAACUCCAAAUUUUUAACGUAAAUUUUGCAACGCGUAUGUAAUUCUUUGAAGUAUCCACAUUUUUCUGUAGAAAUUGUAUUUAGGAUAUUAGUGAUGUAAUAUAUUGUGUAGCCAUAGAAAUAUAUUAAUGUUAAAUAUUGCAUUUAAAA